GCCUGGAAGACUUGGUUUGAUGAAGAUGCUCCUGAGGAAGCUCUAAUUCCUGAUGGUUACAGCAACAACCUUGACCUCUUCCGCAAGCUUCUUCUGAUAAGAUCCUGGUGUCCAGACCGCACAGUUCCCAUGGCAAGGAUGUAUGUUGCCCAUGCACUAGGACAGGAGUUUGCCGAGGGUGUCAUCCUCAACCUGGAGGCCAUGUGGGAGGAAUCUACCUGCCGCUCACCUCUGAUCUGUUUCCUCUCCAUGGGGUCAGAUCCAACGGAAAAUAUUGAGAGGCUGGCCAAGCAGAAAGGCUUCA